AUGAGCUUGUUCCAGAAUUGGAGAUGCCUCCGUAUGCCAGGAUGUCGUUGCUUUCGGAAGAAACUGCAGAUGGCCACAUGUUCGAGACGAAUGAUGGAGAAAAAGUUUGUUGCGAUUCUGACGCUUGCAUGGAUAGCGAAACAUGCCUGCAAGUUGGCUUGUUUAGGAUGCGAUGCAUUCCUGUCCGAUGCCCUGUUGAGGCAGCACAGGAUCCAUGGCCUGGAUUACGGCACUUGCACGCACUCAACGCCCGCCCAAGUUGGAACAAACGAGAAAGAGCUUUGCCGACAAGCCUUUCCAUUGAUAAGCAGCACGUCAGAUAGACCAUUCUUGCCACUAUGCUGA